AUGGAUAGAAUGGAUAGUUCAGAUGAGGAGAUUGAUAACAUUUCAGACGAUGAAUUACAAAGUGGUGAUGAAAUUGAAGUAGAGAGUAGCAAUUCUCCGUUGAGAUUAAAUUAUAUUUUAGGAAAUGAAAUUGGAAGAGGUGCAUUUUCAAUUGUUAGAGAAGCAACUAGUAGAGCUACAGGUACAAAAGUUGCAAUUAAAUCAAUUAAUACAAGAUUCAUUAAAAAUAAAUUACUCAUGAGAGAGAUUGAAAUUAUGAAAAAGGUUGGAGAUCAUCCAAAUAUUUUAAAAUUAUAUGAAGUUUAUGAAACUACUAAACAUCUUCAUUUAGUAUUGGAAUUGGUUACAGGUGGUGAAUUAUUUGAUAAAAUUGUACAAAGAGGUGAAUAUUCAGAACAAGAUGCAAGUAAAAUUGUUAGACAAAUCGUAUCAGCAGUUGGUCAUUUACAUGCUAAUGGAAUUGCUCAUAGAGAUUUGAAACCACAAAAUUUAUUAUGUGCAGGUGAAGAAGGUGAUGAUAUUAGGGUAGCAGAUUUUGGAUUAAGUAAAAUAUUUGGAGAUGGUGAUUAUUUAGAAACAUGUUGUGGUUCACCAGAAUAUGUAGCACCAGAAGUUUUAGAAUGUAAACCAUACGAUAAAGCAUGUGAUUUAUGGAGUGUUGGUGUUAUCACCUAUGUUUUAUUGACUGGUUGUUUCCCAUUUUGGGAUAAGAAUAAUGCUGUACUUUAUGAGAAAAUUAGAAAUGUAGAUUAUGGUUGGCCUGAAGGUUUAGAAGUUUCAAAUGAAGCAAAAGAUUUGGUUUCACAUCUCAUUGAAAAGAAUCCUGAAAAAAGAUUCACUUUCGAACAAUGCUUAAUUCAUCCUUGGGUAACUGGUGAAGGUGUUAGUAAUGCUAGAAAGAUUAAACCAUUCCAACAACAACAACCAAAUAAUAGAUAA